AUGAGCUUCGAUCGGCGCUGGGCUUGGCAACACGCGCGUCCGAUGUCCUCAAUGUGUGAGCACCAGGAGUGUGCGCGUGUGCAUCGGCCCCAAGAGCGAACACACAUGAACCGCAUCAUCAAGGUUAAUGUUGGAGGGCGUUACUUUCAAACCCGCCUCUCCACGCUGCUCCGCUUUCCCGAUACAUCCUUUGCCAAGAUGUUUGAGGGAUUGACAUCGACGAGCAUCGCACCAUCCACUCCAUCCCCGUCGCCACAGGUUACAGAGAACGAGGAUGUGUUUGUGGAUGCAAACCCCGAUGUGUUUGAGAAGGUGCUGGGGUUUCUACGCACCAACCACAUCCAGCUUCCCUUGAAUGAUGAGGGGCUGCGUGCAGAGCUCGUUCAUCACCUGAAGUAUUGGGACCUCAUGCCGCACGCCUUCCCUGCGUCGGCUGUAGACGGUGCUGUGGAGGGGGAGGAGGCUCGUCUCAUCGAACUCCCCGACGUAUGCGUGGUGCAGGUGUGUGACCACAUGCAGCACGACCAAGGCGUGAAGCGCCACGCCAUGACUAUCACUUACGGCGCUGACGGGUUUCAGCUCCGCAAACUCGCGCAGAUGAUCCGCCGGGACCUGAAUCAGCAGCUCUCCUCCACGUACUGGCAGUGCUACCAAACCAACGAGCGCGCGGCCUUCUUUGCGACCACUAAGGUGGCCAACGGCGCCGCGGACAUUCUCACCACCUCCAUCACACAGCAAGUUGUCCAGCACACGGAGAGGCUUGGCUACCACUUGGCCACUUCCUAUGUGACUCUGAGUCCCGAUGUGGUGCAUACGAGCGUGCGCAUGCUCAUCCACAACUUUAUCUUCCGACGAGUGCGACUCCCUGCGCUGGAGGCUGCGGAUGAAGCGGCGCUGCUGGGUGACGAGGGGGACGAGGUGGAGACGUACCAGAACUUUGAGCCGCGCCCCGUGGGCCCGCAAAAGGUGCAGUGGGCGGACUCGCCAUCGAGGCCGCCGAGGCAGGAAGUCUCCUCCGACCUUUGGAAGUAA